AUGCCUGCAAAUGAGACUUUUGACCUACCGCUCGCUAAGCGUCAAAAGCGGGUGUCCAAGGGAAACAAUGCUGGACAACGAGGCUCCAAGAUCUUUGCUCCUUUUCGGACAUUAGGAUUGGUGUCACCAACACCGGUACCUUUCACUUCGGUGCGCCUGGGUAAAUCGACGUAUCAAAUCACCACCUCCGUUGGACAUUCCCUGCAGACCUAUGACCUCCGCAAAGGAUUGAACUUGAUCUUCUUAAGUCGACCGCAAACACCGGAAAUUAUCACAGCAACAUGCGCAUGGCAGGACAAGGUCUUUGCCGCAUGGGGCCACCUGCGCGCGCAAUCCCCCGGGGGAAUCUGGGUCUUCAAGCGUGGUAAAAAGGUCGCGGCUCUUACAAGCCCUGCAGAUCUGAAUGGCCCCAUCGAGCGAUUGGUGGUAUUUGGUUCGUGGGUAGUGGGUUGCUGGGCCGGAGGCCUCGAGGUCUGGAAGACAGGUACAUACGAACAUUAUGCCAGUAUGCGACCUCAAUCCGUUCAGACCUCUUCUCAGCAGCAGACCUAUACUGGUGUCAUGUGCAACAUGCCCACUUAUAUCAACAAGAUCUUUGUGGGUCGGUCCGACGGUGCGGUCGAUAUUUGGAACCUACGCACCGGCAAACUCGUCCACACGUUGUCACCUUCCACUUCAGACACUGGGCCUGUGACAGCAAUCCAGCCCACACCUGCUCUAUCACUUGUCGCCGUUGCCUACAAGAGUGGCGCCCUGUCGAUCCAGAACGUUAGCUCGGGCCAGCCUGUCCUGAGGUUGAAAAAUGCAUCUUCCCGAGGUCUUCCUGUGACAUCUAUCAGUUUCAGAAGUGAUGGACUGGGCGCUGGUCAUGAUGGUCGAAGCUCGGGCGUCAUGGCCACCGUCUCGAGCGGUAGCGGAGACAUAACUUUGUGGGACCUGAACAAUGGAGGUCGCAUUGCGGGGAUCUUGCGUGGCGCCCACCGUGUUUCAAGCGGUGAAAGGGCUAUGGGGGCGAACCGUGCCGAGUUCUUGGAUGGACAGCCGGUGAUUGUGUCUUCGGGCGACGACAAUUCUCUGAAGACAUGGAUCUUUGACGCAACUCCGUUCUCACCUAUCCCCAGGCCACUCCAUAUCAGGAAUGGACACUCGGCUGCUGUCAGUGCUCUCGAAUUCCUGCCAGGGUCGACAGACGGGUCGGACUCGGCCGGCAAGUGGCUUCUUAGUGCAAGCAAAGAUUGCAGUCUCUGGGGACUUAGUUUGCGCAAGGAUAGCCAGCACACCGAGAUUUCUCAAGGUAACGUGGAGAGCAAGGCGAAGAAGGCAGGCCCAUCGACCAACUCGAGCCCCAUGUCGUCAGAAGAGCUCAAAGCUCCCGAGAUCACCUGCAUUUCUAGCAGUCUCAACCGUGAUGGUGGAAUGGGCAUCACUACAUCUGGCCCGAUCUGGUCCAACCCCAAAGUGACCAACGCCGACGCCUCUAAUACAACAGGAUGGGAGAGUGUGGUCACUGGCCACCGAGGCGAUAAAUUUGCACGCACCUGGUUCUGGGGCAAGAAGAAGGCAGGUCGCUGGGCAUUUGCCACCAGCGACGGAACAGAGGUCAAGAGUGUGGUUGUUUCACACUGUGGUACUUUUGCAGUUAUUGGAUCUGCAGGAGGAUCUAUCGACAUGUAUAACAUGCAGUCAGGCCAGCACCGACAGAGUUUCCCGGCUCGUCAACCCGCUUCACGAUCCAAGAUCAACGCCUUGGCCACUGCGACUGGGUCUUCAAAGCACACCAAGGCAGUGACUGGCUUGAUGGUCGACAGCUUAAACAGAACUGUCGUCAGCUGUAGUUUGGAUGGCAAAGUCAAGUUCUGGGAUCUUCUCUCUGGAAAGUUCAUUGAUGAGCUCGAUUGGAACCCAAUGACUGCCAUUACUGGACUCCGCUACAACAAGGCGAGUGAACUAGUUGCCUUCAGCUGCGACGACCUCUCUAUUCGGGUGAUUGAUCUCGAGACCAGGAAGCUCGUGCGUGAAUUUUGGGGAUGUGUGGGUCAAGUUAAUGAUUUCAUCUUUUCCAAUGAUGGACGUUGGAUCAUUGCCGCCUCGAUGGAUUCAGUGGUCCGAGUCUGGGACCUACCCACGGCUCACCUGGUUGACAUUUUCCGUGUCUCAAGUACUUGCGUUGCUCUGUCCAUGUCAUCAACUGGUGAAUUCCUCGCUACUGCCCACGCUGGAGGCAUCGGUAUCAGUCUUUGGAGUAACCGCAGUCUCUUCAUGCCAAUUUCCACCAAAAACCUGGACGAGAGCAUCAUCGAAUCUAUCGGGCUUCCGGCAACUUCAGGAGAAGGCGGCGCUGGUCUUAUUGAAGCCGCUUUCGUUGAAGCUGCCGAAGAAGAUGAAUCAGAGGGUCCGGUGCUUGCGACUGAACAACUCUCCCAGGAUAUGAUAACCCUCAGUCUCGUUCCCAAGAGCAGGUGGCAGGCUUUGAUUCACUUGGAUACCAUUAGAGAACGCAACCGUCCCAAGGAAGCUCCGAAGGCACCUGAAAAGGCACCCUUCUUCCUUCCCUCUCUCCUUGAUAAGAGUGGUCCUGAGUCCAACAAGAAUGGCACCGAUGUGGAUGCUGACCUGGGAUCGUUGGCCACAAGCGUUGAGGCCGAACGGCUACGGAUUGCCAAGGUCCAAAAUGGCCAGAACUCCGACUCCGCCCAGUCUCUCUUCACGCGAGCAUUGGCUUCCGGUCACCAAUCCGGCAACUUUGAUUCAUUUGUCGAUCAUCUCAAGUCGUUGCCUCCGGCUAAGGCGGAUCUUGAGAUCCGUUCGCUGGAUCCCCGAGUGCGCGAUGGGCACUCUGAGCUGUCCGAUUUCGUCACUGCCCUGACUUGUCGCCUGAAGUCCAAGAGGGACUUUGAGUUGGUCAAUGCUUGGAUGGCAGUGUUCUUGAAAAUCCAUUCCGACACCGUGAGUCUCAGUUCUCACCGCGAUGAGCCCGGGUAUCGCGUGUUGCAAGGGGCUCUGGCUGCUUGGGCCCAUGAGCAAGAGCAAGAGGGCAAGCGCUUGGCCGAGCUAAUCGGAUACUGCCGUGGAGUGGUGGGAUUCCUGCGAUCCGCCCGGUAA